AUGGGUAUAUAUCUAUUUUUUCUUGACAUUUACACGUUCUUUAAUUCUUUUUCUUUCAAUAUUCUUUCUUUCUUUCUUUCUUUCUUUCUUUCUUUCUUUUGGCCAAUUUUAUUUGUUGUCUUUACCCUUUUUUUAACUGUGUUUCCUUCAAUAUUCUUUCUUUCUUUUUUCUUUAUUUCUCCUUUUCUUUCUUUCUUUCUUUCUUUCUUUCUUUCUUUCUUUCUUUCUUUCUUUAAUAAGGCUUUCUUCACUCUCUCCUUCCUUUCUUUCUUCUUUUGUUUUUCUUUUCGGCUCUUUUCAUUCUUUUUCUUUUAUUCAAUCUUUUUCUUUCUUUUAAUUCUUUUCUUCCGUAUUCUUUUUUUUCUAACAUUAUCUUUGUUUAAUUCAUUCUUUUUCUUUCAUUCACACUUUUUUGACUUUCCUUCUUUAUUUAAUGUACUUUUUUUUUUCCGUACUCUUUUUUUUUCUAACACUAUCUUUGUUUCAUUCAUUAUUUUUCUUGCAUUCAUUCUUUUUUCUUUCUUUCAUUUACUUCUUUUUUUCUGUACUCGCUAUUUUUCUAACUUUAAUUCAUUCCUUUCAUUCAUUCAUUCAUUUAUUCUUUCUUUCUUUCUUUCUUUUACUUCUUUUCUUCCGUACUCUCUUUUUUCUGCAUUAUCUUUGUUUUUCAUUCUUUUUUUCUUUUGUUUGUUUAUUUGUUUGGUUGGUUCUUUUCGGCUCCUUUCUUGCUUUCUUUCUUGCGUUCGUCCAUUCAUUAAUUCAUUCUUUCAUUAUUUCUUUCUUUCUUAUUUUCCAUCUGUUUUUCUGUUCGCACUUCUCUUUCCGUUAUUUAUACUUCCUUUUCCUCCCCUCUUUCGUUCUCUUAUUCGUUCUUUAUUUAUUUCAGUGGAGUAUUUUAUUUAUUUCUUUUCUUAUAUUUUCGUCACUCUUUCUCUUUUCUUCAUCUUCUCCUUCUCCUUCUUCUUCACUUUUACCAUCCAAUCUCUCUGUUUUCAUCUCGUUCUCUUCUUUCCCGCCAUUCUUAAACAUGCCGUCCAUUUCUUUUCCAACUUAUUUUAUUUAUUUAUUUCUCUCUUUUUCUUUCCUUUUCCCUUCCUUUUUUCUUUCUCUAUUUCUUUAUUUCUUUUUCUCUUUUUCUCUUUCUUUCUUUCUUUCUUUCUUUCUUUCUUUCGUUCUUUCUUUCUUUCUUUCUUUAUUUAUUUAUUUAUUUAUUUCCCACUUUCGUUUUCUUUCUUUCUUUUUUCUUUCUUUAUUUUUUUUAUUCCUUCAAAUUUCUUAUUUUUUCUCUGUCCAUCUUUCUCAAUUAUUUUUCUUACCUUCUCCUCUCUUACUCUCCCUUUAAUAUUUCCGCCAUGUUUUUAUUCUCUACUGCUCUCUUACUUCAUCCACUCUCUUUCACGUUCUCCCUCUAUGUUUUACUUUUCUUUUCUCAUCCUUUUCUUGUUUUCUUUCUCAUGA